GCCGCUCCGGUCAGUUCGCGGUUAAACCCCAGUGCGGUCAGUCGAAACGGGCCAUCGCUCCAGACCCCAUAAGCCACAAUCUCUGGAACCAAGCGGUUCUAGCUUGGGAUUGCUCCACAGUCGAAUUAACUUCAAUUAGUGCCCGAUUCAGGAAACAUCAGAAUGCGUUCUUGCGGUCCGAGUUUAAUUAAAUAUGUUUUAUUCGCCUUUAAUGUGCUGUUUGCGAUCUCCGGCUUGGGAAUCCUUAUAGCUGGUGCCGUUGUCCUGGCCGAUGUGAAUGAAUUCAACCACUUUGUCGAGGGUCGAGUCCUUGCACCGCCGAUUGUCCUCAUUGUCACGGGACUGAUCAUAUUCCUGAUAGCUUCGCUGGGCUGUUUUGGAGCGAUCAAGGAGUCUCCAACGCUUCUAAUUACGUUCGCAGUCCUUCUGGCCGUCAUCUUCAUUGUGGAGCUGGCCGUGGGCAUUGCGGCCAGCGUGUUCAAGAAGGACCUGGAGGGAAUGGUGAAGAACUCGCUGCAGGAGUCCAUCAAGCGAUCGAACAGCGAGGACACCAUGGCCUGGGACAACAUCCAGCAGAAGCUGAUGUGCUGCGGUGUGGACUCCCCGGCGGACUGGAGGACACUCAGUGCGAACAAAACGCUGCCGGGCAGCUGUUGUCAGCCGCAGUUCAUCGACACCACCGUCGGCCACUGCCUGGACUCGCCGGCUUUGGGUAAGGAUAAGUACUUCCAGGACGGCUGUGUUGGCAAGCUGAAGAAUCGGAUCGAGAAGAACGCCAUCAUCCUGAUCGGUGUGGGCAUCGGCAUUGCUUUUAUCCAGAUUUUGGGCAUCAUUCUGGCCUGCUAUCUGGCCAACUCCAUUCGACAGGAGAGGGCCAAGUAAUGCCCAUCCAUAAAUAUAAUUGAUAGCUGUUUAAUUCUAUAUAGUUGAAAUUCGUUUAACGUUGAAUUCUGCUCAAUUUACAUUACCUGUGCGGCCAGUAAACUUACCCUCAAAAUCGAAAGAUACACACAUAUAUGAAAAGCGCAACAAUUCAUAUCAGAUUAAACCCUUUUCUUUCCUGUUUCACGCCAUCUCAGCUUUACUUUUCCCAACUUUCCUACAAGUCCAAUCAAUCUUAUUGAUUUUCCAUCGUUUUAUAAUGCAUUUUUGUAAAAACAACCACGUUUCAAUUAAAUUUGUGUACCUUUUCUUCAUCUACGACCGAAUACAUGGAAAAUUGUUGCUUGUAAUAUCGAAUAAAUACUGUCCAUAUUUAUCAAUAAAUAUUACCUUACUACCG